UACUAGCCUUCAAAAUAUAGAAUGGAGAUCAGUCUCAGCUGCUACCACUCCGAAUUUUAGGAUGUUGAUACGACCUCUCCUCAUCUCCUCCACCUGCUGAAUCAAGUCAUGAUCAAGAGAACGCCCUGAGCUGUGGAGGUUCUGAGUGAGGGAAGUGGUCCAGGCAGAUUGGAUAGUGAUUACAGAUCCAACCAAAAGAAGGCUCCGCUGUUCUCUUUGUGGAACCGGGACAGAACCACGAUCUAACCAUGGACCUUGUGCUGAACGUGGCUGAUCACUACGUCCUCACUCCGUACGUGUACCCAGCCUCGUGGCCCGAGGAUGGGGCCCUGCGGCAGAUCAUCAGCAUCCUGUUGCUGACAAACCUCGGGGAGGCCGUCUUCUACCUGGGCCUAGGAACCAUCAAUUACUACUUCAUAUAUGACCACGAUCUCAUGAAACAUCCACACUUCUUGGAGAAUCAAGUACGCAGAGAAAUCAAAUAURCGAUUAUGACCGGUAUUCCUGGGACAUGCAUUCUGUUUGUGRCCGUGUUUUUCGCACAAGUUCGAGGAUACAGCAAACUGUACGACAGCGUUGAUGACUCCCCAUUGGGAUGGUCGGGGUUUUUCCUGAGUUUGAUCUCCUUUUUGUUUUUCUCUGAGAUGGUAAACUACUGGGUUCACCGCUUCCUGCACCAUAAGCUCCUUUACAAGUCGAUUCACAAACUGCACCACGUCUGGAAGAUCGCCACUCCCUUCUCCGGUCACGCCAUGCACCCGGUGGAGGCCUUUCUGCAGGCCCUCCAGUACCACAUCUACCCCUUCCUCUUCCCCCUCCACAAGGGUCUCUACUUGGCUCUGUACGUGUUCGUCAACAUCUGGGCCAUCUUCGUCCACGACGGCGACUUUCGCGUUCCCAGCGCCCUGUCGAGCGUCAUCAACGGCGCGGCCCACCACACCGACCACCACCUAUUCUUCAACGUCAACUACGGCCAKUACUUCACUCUGUGGGACCGGCUGGGCGGCACCUACAGGCACCCGUCGGCUCUGAUGGGGAAAGGCCCCCUCGACCUGAUCCGGAAACUUCAGGCAGAAGGAAAGCUGGGUAACGAUACGGUGAAGGUGAACGGACUCGCUCAGAGAGGAGCCUCGUSUAAGCAGGAGUAGAGUUGAGUUUAGUUACAUGAAUGACUUGGCCAAAUCAUCUUGAGUUUUUAAACUCAGAAUACUGCAAACUGGAAAAUCUGACAAAAUAAGUUUUGGUCGUAGAUCCAACAAGUGGAGCUUCCUGAUGGAAAUCCUAAUCAAACAUUUGAACUGCUAGCUUGUUGUUUUACAAAUCUUUUUAUGAUGUGUAAAAAUUCAUGCAAAUAUUGUAAAUUAAUUGUCUGACAAAAUGGACAAAUUAAAAGAAUGUACAAAACAGCCGCUGGUUCAUGUCUGACCUCAGAGUGGAAUAAGAYAUUUCACAGAUAAUGAACUUUCUGAGACCACCUUUUCUUUGGGUCCAAGCUGUGCUAACCCUAUUUAUGGUUCAUG